UAACUAUCAUUGCAAACUAACCAUGGCAAGAAGACUAGGAAAGAUUAAUUUAAAGAACACGGCGUUAUUCUUGUGUGACAUGCAGGAAAAAUUUAGGGGAAAUAUUGUUUAUUACCCACAAAUCAUCUCUGUAGCUAAUAGAAUGCUACAAGGCGCUAAAGUUCUGGAAAUGCCGGUUGUUGUCACUGAACAAUAUCCUAAAGGACUGGGUCCAACGGUUUCUGAAAUAGAUGUUAGCCAGGAGAAAGUAUUUCCAAAGACUUCUUUUUCAAUGUUUGUUCCAACUGUUGUGGACCAUAUGAAAACUUUACCAGAUGUAAAGUCAGUAGUGUUGUGUGGAAUAGAAAAUCAUGUCUGCAUACAGAACACAGUGUUAGAUCUAUUAGAGGAAAAUUUUGAUGUACAUAUCAUAGCUGAUGCUUGUUCAUCAAGAUCUAUGACAGAUAGGAUGUUUGCCUUCCAGAGAAUGAGAGAAGCAGGAGCUUAUAUUACCACCAGUGAGUGCAUGCUGCUUGGACUGUGUGGUGAUGCAGCUCAUCCAAAAUUUAGACCAGUACAAAAACUAAUUACAGAAUCAGCACCGGACACAGGCUUGCUGAACACAACAAUAAAAGGAGAAACGGCUCUCUGAUAUUAGAAUGAUGUUCAAAAACAUAUGUGAUUGUAUAUGCCAGUUUAAUCAUAUUGAUUUUGUACACAUUUUUGAAUAAUUGAAUUGUAAAUUAUUUUACGCCCAUUUACAGGACGUAUUAUGGAAUACUGUUGUCCAUCUGUCUGUCCGUCGUCAACAUGUUGAACAAUAACUCAAAAACACUUCAACCAAUUUGCAUGAAACUUUGGUGAAUUGUUUAUAUUUAUUGAUCUAAGCUCCCUUUCGAUUUUUAUAAAUUUUAGAUUUUACUUUUCUGAGUUAUGGGAUUUUUUUCAUAAAAAAAGAGGGGAUUUUCCAGUUUUAGGACAAUAACUCAAAAGUGCUUUGAGCAGUUUUCAUGAAACUUUGGUGAGUGGUUUAAAUCUAUUAAAAUAAGCUCCCUUUAGUUUUUUAUAAAUUUCUGACAUGACAUUGAGGAGUUAUGAAACUUUAUUCUUUGAAAAAAGCGGCGGGCGUAUCAUGCGCUCAUGGCGCAGCUCUUUAUUUACAAAAUGUUUAAAUCAGAAGAAGAAUUGUGAGGUUAUUAUUUUAUAUAUCAUAUAUGAAAACUGUAAAUAAGGAAACAUUUUUCAGGAAUAACCAUUGUUAUUUUAUAUAGCCUUGGAGUUUGUUAUUGAAUCAUUUCCUUUAAAUUUUAGUUCUGUUUAGGCCUUUAAAAAUAUGAAUUAUAUUCUUAUAUUUUUAUUUUAAAUGGAGUGUGCGGACUAUUUUUUAUUUUCACUUAUUAACUGUUGCUAUUGUGGAAAUAAAUUGAAAUAAUUGUGUCUCAGAUAGAAAAAAAGAAUGUGAUUAUUGUCUUUUAGGAUACUUUUUUGAAAACAAUUUAACAGCAUUAAUUUACAAUUAUUAUUUAUUGUUUUCAGCGAAAUAAAAUUUAUAACAAAUUUGCUUAUGUAUGAAUAUUUGACAUAAUCUUUUAUUUCCACAAAAACAGCUACAUAUGUCAGUUUCUAUUCCUACUGCAAUGAAACACCAUACCACGGAUGAUUAAUUUAUUUUUGUGGGUACCAUUUUUAUGGAUUGAGGGAAAAUUGUAUUUUUGUGGAUAUUUGAUUUUAUAGUUUUGCGAGCAUCUGCAUGGGAUCCUAUAAAAAAAUGUGUACUUUGUUGUACAUUUAAAUUUGUGGAUCACCUUUAACCCUGAAAUCCUCGGUAAUUGGUAUCCCAUGAAUACUAAUGAAUCCACAGUACACAUGUAUAUAAUUUUUGAAAACUUUCAUAAAGUCUUAACUUUUUUAUACGAAAUAUGAAAUAAAAAGUUUGUAAAUUUAAGGGCAGGUAAAUAUGAAAUCUAAUAAAACGUUUAUGGGUUAAAUAAAAUUGAUUCAUAAAACAUAUUAUUUUUGCUUUAUCACGUGGUAGUUCCAAAUAACCAAGAAUUAUAUAUUAACCUCUCAGUUGUUGUGCCAUAGUCUUUCUUGCAUGAAAUUGUUUUAAUUAAUUCUGAAUAAAUAAAAGAUAACCAGA